AAUCGGGGAUCCCGUCGACACUCCCACGGCGAGUCGUUCAUUUACAGCGGCUCGUCGGAGCGUCUCGUGUGGGAUGGUGGAACUGGCCUAAAGCUCCUUCUUUUUUUAUUUCCAGAUGCCAUCAAGCGCAAGAGGCGGGCGAAUAGAGCGUCGAUAGAGGAACUCGUGGAUUUGCCGGUGCAGGUGCAAGUACAGGUUUCGGAGAAGAAGAAAUUGCUGCCGCCGUUCGCCGAGCUGAAGAUACCGAAGGCGAGCGAUUAUGUUGGUGCGAGGCUGCACGGUCAGUUCGUGUGCGAACAAUGUGGCCGGUCGUACAUGAGAAAGGAUUCGUUGCAGCGCCACACGCAGUGGGAGUGCGGCAAGGAGCCGCAAUUUAAGUGCCCGCAAUGUCCGCAACGUUGCAAGCGCAAAGCACACUGGUUGCGCCACAUACGUCGCCAACACCCCGAUUUGGAUCCUUAUAUGUUCGAUGUCUCCCGGCGACAUAUCCCGAAAAUAGAGGUCGACUGAGGUCGACUAAGAGAUCGUUGCCGGGAUGAAGGGCGACCUUCUCCGACGCUGAAUCGCGUAAUGUAGAAUAUGAAGAUUUGCGACGAACUGUCGUGUCCAAUGGGAACAAAGAAUUCAACUGGUAUUUAGAACACGUAUUCGUUUAUUCUGUUUCAUUGUGCUUCGAUUGAUAAAUGUCAUCAUUUCAGAUGUUCUUGAAAUGACUGAAAUUUAUAGGAGAGGAGAUUGAACAAUAAGCGACUUACGGGCCUAUUCUGUAACUAUUGACGACAGUGUCGUUAUUGUUACGUCGUUGUUCCGCAGUUUUUCUACCAUAUAUUACACUUGCGUAACGACAAUGUAACGAUAACGAUAUUGUCGUUAAAAGUUACAAAAUAGAUCUCUUGGCGCGGCGUUAUUAGUGCACGAAUUUUGUCGUUUUAAGUCAUUGACAUAUAUUUAACGUCAGACGGUUUCGGUCAUGAUCCUUCUCAGUAGUUUAUAUACUACUUGUAAUUUUACUAUGUUAGUCAUCGAAUGUGGCCGAUCUCCUGUUGAUCAUCGUAUAUUUAAAACGAUCAUGAAAGCAGAACUUCGUCUAUCGGCCUCAAGAAACCGUUAGACUCUUAAAUGCUAUCGAAUUUUAGAAAUUGAUAGUAUUUCAUCGUGGAGGAUCGCACAUACAUUUUCAAUUUGAUAACUCUCGGAUCGUUUUAUUGUUUGACAACUUUUAUAAAAUACUGCAUGAUGGUAAUUUGGCAAAUAGACCGCUGAAUAGGAUUAUAAUUAUGACUAAAAUAUUUGGUGUUAAAUAUGUGUAAGGUAAAUGACUACGAGGAACAUGUCUUUUUCUGAUUUUUGUGAAACUUAAUAUAUUGAUAAUUUUGUAUCUAUCAAAAUCGAUUUCAUGCACGCGAUACAUGACCGAAAUCGUGGUGCAACCGGAAGAGGGGUGAUUUCUCACGAAAAGCUAAGUCGAAAAUGGAGAUUUUCGACUUAUUUCUAGCAGCUUUUUUCUAUACUACAAUUUCGGACGCAUCUCGUCUAUUACGUUAAUACGCUCGUUAAUUUUUUAUAUCGAACCUUCAUCCCAAGUAACGAGAUCGCGUUAAGCAAAUCCUGCUUAAUGGAACUCUUUGGAAAUUUCAUUGAUAUAUCGUUGAGUUGAAUGUUUUCAUCGUCGCUCUGUACGUGCGAAACAUCAUUAUAUCUACUUUAAUUAUCAGAUAUAUAUCAAAUCUUCAAAAAAUGUGGCGUAUAUGUACAUCACUGCCGCGUACUAUUCGUAAAAUAUUUUGAUGGCUUAUAAAAACUGAAGACGUGUCCUCUUAAUCAUACUUCACAAAAUACACACAUUA